AAUAAUUAAAUAUUCAUUAAGGUUAUUUUAGAAAAGUGCUUGCGGUUUUCUAGAAACUUAUUUCGGAUUUUCUUUAUCAUAUUCUACGAAAAACUCAAGAAGUUUCGAAAAAAAAGGAUAAUGAAACUUGGAUAUUGUUUGCCUACAACUGAAAUUCAAAGGAUAUCUUGAAUUUCAAAACAUUAUGCAUUGAUUCCAAUUUCUAAUAUCUAGAUCGAAAAUUUUCGUAAUCCGCUGCUAGGAAACACGUACAUCAACGAUCAAAAAGCAGCCUCAAUGCCGGUAUGUUUUCACGAAUUAUGAAAAAAACAAACGUCAGUGUCAAUUGAAUAUCCUGAGCUUCCGAAAAAUUAUUAUAAAACUUAGUGAAGGCAGAGUUUUGUACCAAAAAUAUGGAAUUGUUCAAUUCUAAAAACGAUGGAGUGAAGAAUGUUAAAGAGAUAUUAGAUAUGGACAUCAUUGAAAAGGUCGAGGACACAAAGAAGGAAAUAUGUAUUGAAGAAAUAAACUUCACCCAUCAGGUAUUCGGAGAUCUAAAUCCCUUAGAUCACAAAAUAAACGACGCCAUUCCUAGAAGCAACGAAGAUCUACUCGAUAAGUCAUCGAAAACCGAAGAAAAACCAAUUCCCAUCAUUUUCAUAUCGAUCGGGGACCAGUUCGAGACAAUUGGGUCAAAAGAGAAGCAACAGGGGGUCUCUCAAAAGCCAAAAAAGAGAUCUCUUCUGUGCUGUCACCUAUGCGAAUACUCAGCCUUCCGUUAUGCCUCCAAAAAACCUUUCGUGAAUCUGUCCGACAUCCCUAGGGUGAGAUUCAAGAGUCGGUCGAAGGUCAAGGAGCACAUGACGCAAGCGCAUCCGAAUUUCAAGAUGCGCAAGUGCUAUUUCUGCGGCUACGAAACGUUGUACAAGAGCAGCUUGGACAGGCACAUCGAUGGUAUCCACCUGAACCUGCGCAAUCACAAGUGUCACUUGUGCGAUUUCAGCUCAACGCGCAAGUACGACCUGAAGAGACACGUGGAUAACGUCCACUUGAACCUGAGGAUCCACAAGUGCCUCCUGUGUAAAUUCAGAUCAAAUCGUAAGUACGGACUGAAGAAGCACUUAGAAACAGUCCAUUCCUACUAUUACGAAGAACUAGUGGGAGACGAAAUGGAAAAUAUUGAACUGUACGAUCCAAACCAUCCACGUGAAUGCAAGCUGGAAACAACUACCCUUCCCGACGAUCCCCAAGGGUUAUCGAAAUGUUACAGAUGCCAUUUAUGCGACUACAGUUCGAACAGAGAGAGCAACGUGGAACGGCACAUCUUUUUCGUACAUUUGAACAUGAGGAAGAAGAAGAAACCUAUUCAACGCGUCCAUGAAUGCCGUUUUUGCGAUUUCAACACCAACGAUAGGGCCAGUUUGAGGAAGCACAUAAUCGGGGUGCAUUUGAACCUGAGGAAUCACAAGUGUCACCUGUGCGAAUACACCUCUAAUCACAGAAGCACCCUCAAGACUCACAUCAACACUGUACACUUGAAUUUGAGAAGGCAUAAAUGCAGCGUUUGUGAAUACAGCUCGAAUCAUAAGAAAGUUUUGAGGGCGCACUUUAAAAGUAAACAUUACGUUAAGAAAAAACGUGAAUAG